CAGUAUAAUGUCCUCGUAAGUGGAUAUCAGGCCCUUGUAGAGCAAAAUUUAGUAUUUGGUCUAAAUAACCCAAAAUGUGAUGUCCACAUAUGUGGAUGCCAGGUCCUAGGAGGUUAAAAGAAGACAGAAAGUAAUUACUACGUAUUUUUGCACCUUCGUUACUGUCCUUGUUUUCUGAGCUGUGAUGACUGUUUGCCAGUAUGUACCUUUAUAUAGCACUGAGGUGUAAAUACUGUAUGAGCCAGGAGCUUCAGGUGAACAGUGUUGUAUUUGCAUGUUUUCAUAUUAACACUACAGCUCUCAAAGUUAAAGGAACAUUCCACACUUUGCAGUAAGUCCUGCAGCGGUUAGCUUAGCUCCCCGUAAACACAAGCAUCCAAAGCUUUUAGCACGCUUUAUUUUAGAGUCGGCUGUUAACACAACACCAUUAGACAGACUGUGUGUCACUGGCUACACAUGAUCUCAGAUUCUACCACAAGGGGGCAGCAUUUUAGCAGUGGCACUUACUGUCUUUAAAUCCCUCUCAGACUAAAGCUGUCAGCAGACUGAGGAGAAGUAAACUUGUCAGAUCAGGGGUGUCCGACUCCAGGCCUCGAGGGCCAGCGUCCUGCAGGUUUUCGACGUGUCAGCUGAUUUAAAUGGCUAAAUGACCUCCUUACAUGUCUUGAAGUUCUCCAGAGGCCUGGUGAUGAACUAAUCAUGUGAUUCAGGUGUGCUGACCCAGGGUGAGAUCUAGAACCUGCAGGACACCGGCCCUCGAGCCCUGGAGUUUGACACCCCUGUGUUAGCUGCGCUCAGGUGUAAUACUGGUUUGUACCACAGGGUGCAGCGAGUCAGUGUCAUCUGCAUGUAACAAUGUCAGCCAUUAACGGCACGCUGUUACUCAGAGCGGUGGAGUGGGGAAAAGUCGUAGCCCUCUGAGGAGCGUGUAAAAACACCCGGUGGGUAAAUGCUGCCCCCUGGUGGUGAACACUUCCAAAAACAACCUUUAAACCGAGCGUUCACAGAUGUUUGCACGUGUGCACUGAUAACCCUGCUCCUGACUUCCUGGACAGCGAGGCUGUUCCUGUAGCGCCACCUAGUGUCAACACGCUGAGCACGUCAGACUGCAGGUGGAAAAUGAUGAUUCAGAUCUGUGAUGUGAGUCGUGUACAGUGAACCAGUUGACAGAUAUAAUGUGAAACUGUCCCACCUGUGGAUGAACUGUGCCGAGGAGCUGCAGGCUGCCGUUAAAGGAGCAGUUCACCUCAAAAUCGAGUGUAUUGUAGGUCUGGCUGCUCUUUAUCCACACAGACGGUGUUAGUGGGAGUUUCCCCCUCAUGGGGAUGUGAGGAGAUGCACCAACACCGAGCUUUUAACAAGUGUUUCAUUCAGGAACUAUUUUCUUUGUACCAAUUACUCUAAAAUGUGUUGAUUUGAUUUGGGGGCGAGCCGUCCCUUUAAUGCAGCCUGUGGACGAGAUACUUUGUGCCAGUGUACAGAGGGCCUGUUACAUACUGUGAUAAAGGACUCUUGUAAUGCAGAAGCACUGAUAGUCCACAGUAAUACCUGUACAUGUGUAUUUUGAUGUAUUUCAGGUGAUUUUGUUCUUUUAUUAUUAACAUAAAAUGUGACAUGCUGCGUAGCGUGGAGCGUGAUGGUAUGGAGCCCGAGCAGCACAGACGCCGAGCACGACCAGCUUCUUUAAUCUGCUAACCUCACGUCUUUCUUUAGGCAUGAAGAUCUAAACAGAGAGCACACAGAGAUUUAAUCAGGGUGAUGAUUACGGCUCCAGUCAGGAAAUUUCUGUUGCAGUUUGCUAGGAGACGCACGCCAUCGAACACUAAUUACAGGAAGUAGGAGAGAGAAAGUCCAGCGGUGCUGCUGUUUAGCACAUCAGCAGCACUCACAUUAAACAGACACAGAGUCUGAGAGUCAUUUAAAGCGGCGAUCUGAGGGUAAGGGGUUGAACUCUGUGCAGGCAUGGUGUUCCUCCCCGAGCACCGACGACCACGCCCGCUUCCUUUAGAUCCUAAAGCAGACAGCGGCACAGGAAGCGCAUUCAGAGGAGACCCCUCUCAGCAGGAACACGCAGAUCCUUCUCAGCUCUGAGGUGCAAACGUGCUUGUGAAGCUCAGAGUCUGAAAUGAUGAGCGACGCCCAGGUCUUUGCAGCUUCCUGCGCCUCAGUAUGUCUGCAGAUACACCAGAGCCACUCAUCGCUGCACACAGCACCCACUGGGACCUUCUUUUAUUUACAGUCUAUUGUUGCUAUUCAAAGUCUUCCUGUUUGUUUUCUUUUUUUGUGACGUUUGCAAAAUUCAUAUUCCUGCUUAAAACCCAAACAAUAAACUCCAAACACUGGAAAGAAAACUGGUGACGUUCUCGGCCGGAAGUUCAGUCUGCGACACGUGGCGGAAGUAAACAAAAUAGGAGUCGCCGGCAUGGCUGGCUUUCCACGUGUGUCUGAACAGGACGUGAGCCGAGUGUGUGUGAGCCGAGUGUGUGAGCCGAGUGUGUGAGCUGAGUGUGUGAGCUGUGGCAGUAACAAUGCCUUCAGUUCAGUAUCUGAGAGAGUUUAUCAACGAGCGACUAACUGCUGCUGCUGAACAAAUAUUCUUGGAGUUUGAAAAAACGAUCGUCCAGUACGAGGAAGAGAUCGACCGUCAGCGCAGACUGCUGGAUAUCACCUGGAAACCCCAAAUCAAGCUGCACAGGACAGGAGGAGCAGCUCUGUGACCUGAAGAUGAACUCCAGUGAGGACCAGGAGGAGCCGACGCCUCUACACAUUAAAGAGGAACAGGAGGAAGUGUGCACCAGCCAGGAGGAUGAGCAGCUCGUCCUGAAGGAGGAGGCCGACGCCUUCUUGGUGACUACUUUUGGUGACAGUGACCACAGUGAACUAGAGGCUAACGGUCACCAGCUUCUCUCUGACGGCGCUCCCGGCAGCUCUCCGGUGUCAGAGAGUCAGCAUGACGCCGACCUGAGUAAAAAGCCUUUUAAAUGUAAUGUUUGUGGAAAAGCCUUUAAGAAAAACUCUUACGUAAAGGAACACCAGAAAAUCCACUCGGGCGAGAAGCCGUAUACUUGCCAAACAUGUGAGAAGAGUUUCACUCGGAGGGCUCACCUGUUGGGUCACAUGAGAACCCACACGGGCGAGAAGCCGUAUUCCUGUGAAACGUGCGGGAAAGGUUUUACUCAGAGCAGUCACCUGCUGAGCCACAUGCGGCUUCACACGGGUGAGAAGCCAUACGCUUGUGAAAUAUGCGGGAAAGGUUUUAUUCAGAGGGGGCACCUAUUGGUCCACGUGAGAACGCACACCGAUGAGAAGCCGCACACCUGUGAAGAAUGUGGGAAGAGUUUCCGAUUCAGCGGCACUUUGUCGGUGCACAUGAGAACGCACACGGGCGAGAAGCCGUAUUCUUGCAAAGCCUGUGGGAAAAGUUUCCGUCAGAAAAAGAUUCUGUCCGUGCACAUGCGCACUCACACGGGCGAGAAGCCGUAUUCCUGCGAAACGUGCGGUAAAGGUUUCGCUCAAAAAAGCGAUCUGACGAUCCACGAGCGAACGCACACGGGCGAGAAGCCGUAUCCCUGCAAAGCCUGUGGGAAGAGCUUCCGCCAAAAAAACAUCCUGUCCGUGCACAUGAGAACGCACACGGGCGAGAAGCCGUACUCAUGCAAGAGCUGCGGGAAAAGUUUCCGUCAGAAGAGCAUCCUGUCCGUGCACAUGAAGACUCACGCGGGCGAGGAGCUGUAUCACUGCGAUGCGUGCGGCACCACUUUUCCGUCCAGUCGCAGCUUGUUGGAGCACCUGGACACUCACACAGGUGAGGAGUCGUAGCUUGGAAAGCUGCAGGUCAGAGUGAAUAUGGGAGCGGGGUGUUGGCGUCUGUCUCCCGCCUGGACUUUUGGCUCCGACGGCAAAGCAGCUCGUCAGCUGGUGUCAUUCACACAGCCGUUUUCCUUUGCUUUGUGCAUCCAAACCUAACCGUACCAACGCGCUCUGUUAUUCCUGUCAUGUUCUCAUCUACGGUUCCUGACCUGGAUUCUGUCAUGGCUGCGAUCCUCCCGGUUUCAUUUUACCCUUCGUGCUUCAUACUUAAGGUAACUUUGUAUCAUUUUGGACUUUAGAGGUGACACUAACAAAGUGUAGAUUGUUGUUAUUGUAACCUGUAUAAAUAAAGUUUCUUCUAAAUUGUCA